AUACACUGAAGACUAACUUAGAGUUUAAUAUAGUCCUACCUCUUAGAGUUAAUUGCAAUUUAAUUUGAAUUUAGAGGUUUCAUAUUUACUGAUACUUUUGCUGUUAGCUUUUGUUGUUAGCUUGCAGUGUCGUGCAAAACAGAGUUUGUCCCAUUGGUUUUAUAAGUGGCAUAGAUGUUCUUACUCUGCUGAAGGGCUGUCUGUGUUGGAUAAUGUCUGCACAGAGCUGUAAGUCUUAAGAGUUAGGUUUGUCCUGUAAGGCUGUUUGUGAUGGAUGUGACUGUGCAGCAGCCACUCUCUGGGGAAGAGCACUGUGUGCUCUGGUGGGCCAACUCUAAAAACUUGUGCUGGGCAGUGCUUUGGAAGGAGGGGAAUAUAUUUUGAUUUUCUUCAUCCCCAUGUUUUUAAAUGGGGGGCCUCAGGUGAUGUCAGUUUAUACAUUUUUCUCUGAGUAUCUUGAGUUUUUACUGCAGGAGAGGGUUAAACAAGAGUUAAGCUGAAUGCCAUUCCUGUUUCUUCUCUAAACAAUGCAAUAAUUAAUGUAAUUUUCUUCUCCGUGUUUUUGCUUAAUGCCUUCCUAAUAAUGUAGCUGGAAGUGGCAGAUGGGUACCCUGCCUCUUAAUGCCUCCCUGUUGGGAACACGCUGAUGCUUUGCUGGAAUGCAUCCUAUAUGUGUGCUUCCUUUGGCUUCUGACCAGGCUUUCUUUUAAUGCUGCUUCAAGGUGCUCCAAAAAGUUGUUCAUCAGCUUUGGAGUUUCCCUUGCCUCGAGAUGGCAAAGCCAUGAAUCACCAUAGUGAUCAAAUUAGGGUUAGUCAAGUUAGCCAAGAUGUGACUGAAUCUUUAAUUUUGUCAAGAUGACAUUCCUCAGCAUUCCCUCACUAGUAAACAAGAAAAUGCUUGGCCUGUGUUGUAAUUGCAGGGAGUGGUGAGGAGACAUUGGUGAGGCUUUUCCAGUACUGGCUAAAGCUUACUUCCAAUGGAAGUUGUAUUUCCCCUGGAAAACAAGGCUGGGGGGUAUUUUUGCUUUAAGCUCCUCUGGGCUCAAAGCCCAGUUUAGUUGACAAUUUUUUGAGCCCAUUCCUUGUGCUCCAGCCGCCUGCUGUGACCGCAGGGCUUUCCAGGAGCGUGGCCUCACCUUCCCAGAGGUGGGGCUGGAAGUGCUGUCAGUCGGCUCCUUGGCACAGGCUCCUCUUCCUCCAGCUGUGCUCCAUCGUGGUGAACAUCUGGGCUGCUGUGGGCCAUGGCAUGCUGUCCUUCCCUGGCGCAGGCACAUGGGUGGUGGCACCACGUCCCUGACGUGCUGGACCUGCUGCUCUCCGCUGUCUGAGGUGGAGCCCCGUGCUGACUAACUGUGGGGACACAGGGACUGGAAUGCUCUGGGAAAUAGGAGUUUCCCUCUUGGAAAUGUCACAGGAAGCAUGAAGGAAGUCAUGUGGUGUAGGAGCAGUUAGCUCUCAUUUGUCUCAUCAGAACCAUCAAAGUCUGCAGGACGCAAACAAUGUGAUGCCAACUGCCUUAUAAAUAACCCAUUUUCCACUUCCACACGGGCUUUUCAUUGCAUGUCAGGGGAAAGGAAGAGCGUCACGUUGUGCUCAUUUGUCCAGAGUGCCUCCCUGCCUGUUGCCCCUGCUCUGCUGCCCUCGCUCAGAAGGGUUUAUCUCUCUGGGCAGACACAGCUCUUAUGUGAAUGUGUAAGAUUUUCUCAUUUUCUUGUUCUUCCAAAGCUGAAAACAAAAACUGUGGUGAAACCAAGCUGAUUAGAGGGCUGGAGCUCCUCUCCUGAGAGGAAAGGUUGAGGGAGCUGGGGUUGCUCAGCCUGGAGGAGAGAAGCUCUGGGGUGACCUAAUUGUGGCUUCCCAGUAGCUGAAAGGAGCCGGCAGGAAAGGUGGAGAGAGACCAUUCGCAAGGGCCUGGAGUGGCAGGACAAGGGGGGAUGGCUUCAGAAUGACAGAGGAGGGUUAGAUGGGAUAUCGGGGAGAAAUUCUUCCCGGUGGGAGUGGUGAGGGAGUGGAAUGGAUUUCCCAGAGCAGCUGGCUGCCUCUCCCUGGAAGUGUUCCAGGCCAGGUUGGACGGGGCUUGGAGUAACCUGGGGUCGUGGAAGGUGUCCCUGCUCAUGGCAGGGGGUGAAAUGAGAUGGGCUUCAAGGUCCCUUCCAACCCCAGCCAUUCCAUGAUUCAAUGAAACACAUCCAGACUCGUGGUCUGCCCUUUUUCUCCUCCCUGUCAGCCCUCCAGGUGAGGUGGUCCCUGCAUGAGGAUUUCAGUGGGUGCAUCCCCGGCAGUGAGAGAGCCUUAAAGGCCCUGUGGCUCCUGCUGGCUCUCUGGUGAUGAGCUCUGGAGGAAAACGCCCAGUAUCACUGGUUUUAAAUAGCUCCAUCGGCAGGGAUGGGAUAAUGCUGGAGUCCUUUUUAAUGUUCCUGUGGCUGAAUCAUGGAGCACAAAUGCCUGAGUCACCCUGGGUGAAUGCAGCAUUUCACGUCGGUGUGAACCGAAAUGUGAACAGCACUGCCUUUAUUAGAGGAGUUAAUACUGGGCUCAUGGCUUUCAUUAGCUUUUAAAAUGAAACAAUACAGAAGAGUUCCUUUUACAAUGUAUAUAAACAGAUUAUUAACAUGGAAAUGCCAGAGGUUUAAUGGGAUGCUGGGCUGGAUGGAGAGGAAGUGAAACUUCAGAAGAAGGCCAUGUACCCCAUGUUUGAGUGUUUGCUGCCUGUUUUUUUUAUUUCAGCCAUCUGCCUUUCCUUAAAUCACAUAAAAUUUUCAUGUAACUGGCAUUUCUUCUUUACUAUAUUUUAAAAGGAAAUGCUGAAGGGACAAUCAGCUGUUUCCCAUUUUGCUCUCCCUUAGAAAGCUCUUUGCUAUUCCAGCUUUUUCACCUUAAAAAAAGUCAUCACCUGUCCCUGAGGAGUAAAACAGUUGCUCCCAGCUGCACCAGCCCAAAUCAACAAUCUUGGAUCUGGUUGUUUUGCAGAAUAGAAGAUGUUCUGAUUGGGAUUGCUGCCUGGGUAGUAUUCAGUCAUACUGAAGUUCUCCUCUUGCUGGCCCAACAAGGACACAGAGCACUGCAGCAAAUCCUGUUGGUUAAAACUUCUCCUACACUGGGGAAAAACCAACCUAGAUGUGCUCCAUGGGGUCAGGUUCCUGAUUUUACUCCCUUUUAUGCUGCAGCAAAUUCCUGUACAUUUUUGAAAAUUGCUUUUCCUUUUUCCUGAGCUAAGAUUAAGCUUCCAGAUGCUUGAAGAUUUUCCUCCUUCUCUGUUGUAGGGUGUACAGAGAAAACCAGCUGUAGGUUCACAGAAGUCCUAACCCAAAUUAUAAUGAUAAAUUAAGGAAUCCAAAUGGACAUAUUUACACUUUGGAGAUCUUGUAUUGUGAGGCAGAUGGCUGAGGGGGAUGUUUGUUACCUUAACCAUCAAGCUGUGACACAUGAAUGGGAACUAAACUUUUUCUUUCCUUGUUACAUUUAAAUUUUCCAUUGUUAAAUUUAAAUUACACGAGAAGACACGCUUCCUGGUAACUUUAGUGGAGAGGGGAAUUGCAUGAAAUUGUAUUUUUAUAUUUGACUAGAUGCAUAUCAGCCCAGGCUGUCCUUGAAAUUCCCUUUGCUCGGGGGUAAUGCAUCUCCCACAGCACCUGGAGAGCGGCUGUCUCAUCCCUGGCUGCCGUAGUUUGUGUUCAGCUGGCACAGGUAGGCUGUAAAUUCCUUCGUCCCAUCUUGGGAGGCGCAGCCCCUUGGUGUGUUGCUGUGCACGGAUUCCCCAAGCCCGUCUGAGAGGAGCCCUCUGCUCUCCUUCUCCUCGCUCCCAGGUCUCUCUCCUUGCUGAACUGGACGCGGCAAGGAGCGAGGGGUGUUGAUGAUUUGGAUUGUGCAGCUCAGUGGCUGGAUCCUGGCUGGCUGUCUCCUCCCCUUCCUGAGCUUCGCCCUAGCCAGCUCGGCUCUGGAAUGACAGGCAUUCCUGCGUGAAGGGAGCUGGCACGGACACUUAUUUAUGAGAAUCAAGUGCCAGCCAUGGGGCAGGGGGCGAGCAGGACCUGUGCGGGACCACCGGGCGCCGGAGCCGUGGCCUGAGAGCUGGGCAGCCUCCCUGGCCAGCCCUUUCCUCAUCCCGAGCGUGGAUUUACCGUUCUGAAGGGCUGAAGUGUUCUCAGCGCAGACUUUUCCUCUGUUCUCCUCCCACCUCCUCCGGAGAGGGCUCUGAACAGAGCCUCAUGGGGCAGCCGCACGUCUCGAGAGCGGUCAAUCCAGGCGCUCCAGCUGAAGACGUGGAUCACACCCCAGGUGAUGCCAGCAUGGGGGUAGAUGUUUUAGAAUCAGGUGACACCACACCUCCCACAAAGAGGAAAAGCAAGUUCUCAAGCUUUGGCAAGAUUUUCAAACCCUGGAAGUGGAGGAAAAAGAAAAGCAGUGACAAAUUCAAGGAGACUUCAGAAGUUUUAGAACGAAAGAUUUCUAUGCGAAAGCCAAGAGAGGAGCUGGUAAAAAGAGGGGUUCUGUUGGAAGAUCCUGAGCAGGAUGGUGAAGAGCCAGAGAAGCUGAACCCACCUGCACUGAAGAAUGGCCACACUGUCCCCAUUGGGGGCCCCGGGGUCUGUAACCUGCCCAGCCAGGAGGAAGAGGCCACAAAGCCAUCCAGCCUUAGGAAGCCUGUUCCAGUGGAGGAACCAAAGAAGAGGCAGGGCUCCUCCAGCAGCCACCCUGGGCCUGAACUGGAGCCACCUCAGGAGCCACCUGUUCCCAGACAACCUCUGCUUCCUCCAAAAAGACCUCCCUCCACUUCCCAGGAGGCAAACGAAGUACAGGCAAAGGAUCCAAUACCUGCCAGCAGCACUGCAAGAACUGCCCCCUUCAGCACAGCCCCCACGGCAGCAAAGACAGUCAAUUCCACAGCGGCCCCUUCCCCAGCCCCCAGGACUCUGCUCCCUGCUCCUGCCAGUGCCAACACUACUGCUCCCACCAGUACAACCAGCACAGCUCCUGCCAAACAGCCUCCCGUCCCUCCUCCCAAACCUGUCAACAGAAACAGCAACUCACUCAUAGCUGAACUCUCCCAAGUAAUGACCAGUGGUACAGCCUUGCCCAAGCCUUCCCCUCCUCUCCCUCCAAAGAGAGGCCUCCUGCCUAACAACACGCCAGAGGCUGUCACCUCUAAGCCCCCAAAUGACAGGACUGUGGCAGCGAGUCGCCCUGCACCGAUUCCACUGCACGUGACCUCAGCUUAUCCACCACCUUCGCCCUCGCCGCCACUGCCCACCCAUGUGCCCCCCGAACCUCCGCGCGUGGCCCUGCCCACCCCCACCCCUGUCCCAGACCCACCGUGCUCCCUGGACCUGCCCAAGGAGACUCCUCCUCCUCCCCUUCCUGAAGACUUCAGGUCCAUGGAAGUGUCGAAGAGGACAGCAGAACAAGGCUUUGGUGAACCCCACGCGCUGCCUCGCCUGCCCCAAAUCCCACUGCACAUUCGUAUCCAGCAGGCUCUGGCCAGCCCUCUGCCGGUCACCCCACCUCCCGAGGGGUCCCACAGGGCUCACUCGUUGCUCUUUGAGAACGAUGGUUUUGGAGAAGACAAUGGCACCCUGGGCAGGACAAGAUCCCUGCCUGUCACCAUUGAGAUGCUCAAAGUUCCAGACGAUGAGGAAGAGGAUGAUGAUGACCAGGAAGAGGAACAGAAUUCAGGUCCUCGUGUGUAUAUUGGAGAUGUGCCAUCUGUCACAGUCAUCCCCAAACUGGUACCCCAGGUCCUCCCAGAGGAGCAGGAAGGAGACGAAGGGAUGAGCGACUCUGACUCGGAGGGGCCCAUCCUGUAUAAAGAUGAUGAGGAUGAGGAAGAAGAUGAAAGCCAGAACAGCACGCUGGCCAACAAAGUGAAGAGGAAAGAUACGCUGGCUAUAAAGCUGGGGAACACAGCUGCACUGCAGGAGGACAAGAUCGUCUUCCCUCGGAAGAGCAAGGAGGAGUGGAACGAAAUCCGUCACCAGAUUGGGACAACGCUGAUCAGGCGACUGAGUCAGAGACCAACUGCAGAAGAACUGGAACAAAGGAACAUUCUUCAGCCGAAAAAUGAAGCUGACCGUCAAGCUGAGAAGCGCGAGAUCAAGCGCCGGCUCACCAGAAAGCUUAGCCAAAGGCCUACAGUGGCAGAGCUGCAGGCCAGGAAGAUCCUGAGGUUUAAUGAAUAUGUGGAAGUAACAGACGCUCAAGACUAUGACCGGCGAGCAGAUAAGCCAUGGACAAAGCUGACACCAGCUGACAAGGCAGCCAUCAGGAAGGAGCUGAAUGAAUUUAAGAGCUGUGAAAUGGAAGUGCACGAGGAGAGCAAGCAGUUCACGAGAUAUCAUCGACCAUAAUAAUCCGAGGAGGGAGCAAGAAACCCGCGAGGGCUGGAAGUUCUCUGCAUCCCUGUCCCAGGCAAUACAGUGAGGGUGGAACCUCAGCUCUUCCAAGAUUUGCCUUCCAAAUAUAUCCAGCAAAGGGCUUUCGGCCAGGGAAGGGGAAUCCUGUCUGAAUGUAGCGUUUCACUGGAACAGACACAUCUCUCAUGCCAUCAGGCUGGAACUGACACUAUACCUCGUGUGGCUCAGCAAUAUGACUCUGCCAGGAGACCGUGCCCAGGGGAGCGACCCUUCCUGCCCAAGGUGUACAGACUUGUCUUGGGGACUGCAAUUCCUCAUUUCCUUCUCCUUUCCAUGAGGAAGGGAGAUUAAAAACAAAGGCAGCUCUGAUGUUGGGAAUCUGAGGAGAGCAUGUGCUCGGAAGCAUGUGUGUGUAUAUUAGCUGUGUACAGAGAACCCUGGCAGACAACUGACAUGGCUGUUUUUGGGGGGUUUUGCUUUUUUGUCAUGUCCUUAAUGCCCUGAAUCACUACUGACCAACGGUUUGUUGUCCUGGAAGGGAAUUGUGUAGAUAUUAACAUAUGCUGCAUCUUUUUGUUAAAAAAAAAAAAAAAAAGGAAAAAAAACCCCAACAUAUGUAUAAAUGCUCUGCAC